AUGUCAUCUGCAGAGAUGGAGCAAUUGCUACAGGCCAAAACGUUGGCCAUGCACAACAACCCAACGGAGAUGUUGCCCAAAGUCCUCGAAACGACAGCUUCCAUGUACCACAACGAUAAUCUCAGCAAACUGAAACUGCCACUCGCUAAGUUUUUCACACAGUUGGUCCUGGAUGUGGUAUCAAUGGACUCACCAAUUGCCAAUACGGAAAGACCGUUCAUUGCCGCUCAAUAUCUACCACUACUUCUUGCCAUGGCGCAAUCCACCACGGAUGUGUUAGUGUACAAGAAUAUUGUGCUUAUUAUGUGCGCUUCUUACUCUCUGGUGUUAGACCUGGUUGCCAAGACUUCGAACCAGGAAAUGUUUGAUCAGCUGUGUGAGCUGAAAAAAUUUGUUCUCUCGCACUGGAGAACCGCAUAUCCUUUGCAUGCCACCAUUGACGACGAAAGUGAUGUCGAACAGUGGACAGCACAGAUUGAUCAGAACAUCGGCGUGAAAUUGGCAACGAUCAAGUUCGUAUCCGAGAUUGUUCUGUCGCAAACCAAGUCCUCCAGCGGCAACGAAAUUAACUCAUCUACUAUACCCGAUAACCACCCUGUAUUGGAAAAAUCAGCUUUGGAGAAUGAAGCCAAGAGGCUCCUAGAUAUGUUAUUAAACUAUUUAAUUGAAGAACAAUACAUGAUUUCGGCCGUUUUUAUUGGAAUCAUCAAUUCGCUAUCGUUUAUCAUCAAAAGAAGGCCACAAACAACCAUAAGAAUCCUUUCCGGGCUCUUGCGUUUCAACGUGGAUGCCAAGUUUCCCUUAGAAACUAAGUCUGAUCUGAACUACAGAUUGUCGAAGAGAUUUGUCGAAAGAGCGUACAAGAAUUUUGUUCAAUUUGGGCUAAAAAAUCAAAUUAUUACCAAGUCCCUCUCAUCCGGAUCAGGGUCAUCGAUCUAUUCCAAGUUGACCAAGAUCUCCCAAACUUUACAUGUAAUUGGCGAAGAGACCAAGAGCAAGGGAAUAUUGAAUUUUGACCCUUCCAAAGGAAAUGGCAAGAAAACAAUGUCCAGGCAAGACAAAUUGAAGUACAUCUCACUGUGGAAAAGGCAGCUCUCCGCAUUACAGUCUAGUCUUGGCGUAUCAGCAAAGACCUCCACACCCAUUUCUGCGCCCACAGCUGGGCCAUCAACUGAAAAUAUGCUUGAUCAAUUGAAAAUAUUGCAGAAAUACACUCUCAACAAGACUUCACAUCAAGGCACUACCUUCUUCAACAGCUCGCCCAAACCAAUCAGCAACACGUACUCGUCUGUGUACUCCUUGAUGAACAGUUCGAACUCCAACCAGGAUGUAGCCCAACUGCCCAAUGACAUACUGAUCAAGCUGUCCACAGAGGCCAUCUUGCAAAUGGACACUACAAAACUGAUCACCGGGCUGUCCAUUGUAGCUUCCAGAUACACGGACUUGAUGAAUACAUAUGUCAAUUCUGUGCCGUCCUCAUCGUCCUCGAAGAGGAAGUCUGAUGAAGAUGAAGAUGACAACUACAACGAAGAAGUCAGAAAAGGCAACCCAACGACCAAUAGUAAGAAAAUCAAAAUAGAAACAGAAGGACUAGGGGAGGACCCAGAGGAACCUGAAGAAGAUGAUGGAAUGCAGAAGAUGCUGCAACAGGAGGAAACUGUUCAGGAGAGUUCAGGUGAUGCCAACGAAUCGAGCUCCAUCGCGAAGGAAAUCGCACCGCCGUUCGAACCUGACUCAUUAACGCAGGACGAAAAGCUGAAUUAUCUCACCAGGCUGACAAAGAAGCUCUUUGAAUUAUCCAGUCGCCAAGACACUACCCCGGUAAAGACUUCGCCCUCUUCCCCUCUACUACUGGACGACGACGACUCAUCGUCCUGGCUACACGUCCUGAUCAGAUUGAUCACGAGAGGCAUCGCAACACAAGAGGCUAGUGACUUAGUUCGUGAACAACUGCUCAGCUUCUUCAUUCAGGACUUCGAACAACGCGUAAGUCUGAUCAUCGAAUGGCUCAAUGAAGAAUGGUUCUUUCAAACUUCACUACGCCAAGAACCAACCAACUACAAAACAUGGUCUUUAAAAAUUCUCGAGUCUCUAGGUCCAUUUCUUGAAAACAAACACAGACGAUUCUUCAUCAGACUUAUGAGUGAGCUGCCCAGUCUUCAUAGUGAUCACCUUGAGGCUCUCAAGCCUAUUUGCCUGGACCCGGCAAGAAGCUCUCUUGGAUUUCAGACGCUCAAGUUUCUCAUUAUGUUCAGACCUCCAGUGCAGGACACUGUGCGUGACCUACUGCAUCAGCUCAAACAAGAAGAUGAGAACUUGCACAAACAAUGCGAUUCACUGCUCGACAGGUUGAAGUGA